AUGAGUCUCAAUCUGCCGGCCAGGAGGCUGGUGCAGACCGCCCGGUCGACCACCCCGUCGCUGCACCUCAGAUACCUCCUGCCGCACACCCAACAGCGCUCCAUAUCAUGGUUCAACUGGGGCAAGAGCAGCAACAAGCAGUCGCCCUUGACCAAGGAGCUCGACAAGCGCGACCAGCAGAAGAAGAUCUUCGACAAGAUGCAGAACCGAACCGCCGGCGAGUCCGUCUUCGAUGAAGAGAUCAAGCAGUCCGACGCCGCCGCCGCCGCCGCCGCCGCCGACUCGGCCUCCAAGCCCGAGCUGGGCGCCGGCCGUGAUGUUGGCGGCCUCUCCAAGGCCAAGGAGCACAUGGCUCGCGCCCUCGACCCCGAUCCCAGGUGGCGCAUCCGCUGGCAGCGCCGCAAGGUCAUGCAGAUGGUCCGCAGCGGCGGCCGCAUGACCAAGGAGCAGCGCAUCCGCCUGACCGAGAAGGAGCUCACCCUCAAGAGCGAGAACCUCAACACCAGCUACAAGAAGCUCAUGUUCCUCACCCGCCAGAUCAGCGGCAAGACCCUCGACGACGCCCUCACCCAGAUGCGCUACAGCAAGAAGAAGACCGCCCCCGAGAUCAUCUACCUGCUGAAGGAGGCCCGGGACCGCGCUGUCGUCAGCCGCGGCAUGGGGCUGGGGAAGGUCAACGGCGACACCCUCGACAAGACCCGCAAGAUCCAGACCAAGGACGGCAAGUGGAUAGAGGUCCGCGACCCCACGAGCCUCUACGUCGACCAGGCCUGGGUGGGCAUUGGCCAGGAUCGUGGAUUGCGAAUCCAGUAUCACGCAAGAGGACGUAUGAGCAAGAUGGUCAAGCCUUCGGCCCAUCUCACCGUUGUAUUGAAGGAGGAGAAGACGAGGUUGCGACAGUUCGACGAGAAGGUGCAAAAGGAGGCCAAGGCGAAGCCCUGGGUCCAUCUCCCCAACCGGCCAGUCACUGCUCAGAGACAGCACUACAGCUGGUAG